AGCCUCAAAACAGUAACCUGAGAAAACGUCUAAUGACACGAAACUUACUAAAACAUCAAUCACGCUGGCUCCUCACCGGCCAUUCCUCCACCCCCGUUCCCUACGGUUGUGCGUUCGCUCCUCCCUCUCCCUUCUCGCCUUCCUCUUAUACCCCGGUAUCCGAGUUCGACUACAAAACCGCAUCUACAGGCUUAUCACUGCCACCUCUAACUUUCGCCGCCGAAGCUCCCCUGCUGACCGUGCGAGCCUUCUCCACCGAUUUUUCAGGAGGGGGAACUUCGCGCGGAAAGGACGAGCUAUCGGGAAAGUGACUACACCAAAAACGAGGUCAGCUACGUGGCGUGCCUCUGGACCCAUGCAAUCUCAAGCAGGAACUGGAAACACCUGGGGGAGCUAUUAUAGAUCGGUUGCUGGACUAGCAGACCCUCCGGAGGAUAGCGGGCAGGAAAGGGGAGGACGCCGGAAAAGAAUUACCGACUUUUUGAAAACCGCGAAUGAGUUGAGACAGAGCUACACGGCAGGGUAUACGAACAGGUCGGUAGAGCUGGAGAAGGGGCAUGUGGGCGGCCCGGAAGAGCAAGGGGAUUGGACCGACAUUGAUAUUAUGAAGGGUGGCGAUGAAGAGCUAGUCUUAUUUCCCUGUUACGCUAGAGAGCGGCCCCCAGGCCCUCAGGGAAUGCCAUCCUUUCAGAUGAACUUAGGGAAUAAUAAUUGGUGGGGUGAAGAGCAACCUGACGAGAGAGAUGAUAAUGUUGUCGAUGUGGAUGUUCGUGGGUGGCUUUUCACUCCCCACUCUGGCCCAUUAAGCAGAAAAAACCGCUAUCUGAUCUGGGUUGCCCGGCAGCUUUGCGGUCUUCCUGCCCAUGUUCCCCCGGCAGCUGGGCCCACACCAGCGGAGGCAGAUGCUGCAUUCACAGAAGCUAAAGGCACAACCCUGGCAGCGAACCCGAGCGCUGCACAAUUACCAGUAUUAGAUCUUCAGCGCACCAAAUCCGUGCCUACCUUCAGCGUAAACCUAUCUCCCGCGAGCUCGCAAAUCCCAGCUCAGCCAGAUACCGGUGUGGCACAUAACGCCUUGAUGUCCCGGUUAGCUCCAUUUAUGCAUCGCCCUAUCGCUUCGGUGCCAGUCACCAUCUUUUUGUAUAAUUCCAAUAUGUCGCAAUCUCGUACCCUCCGAACAUCGGACGCCGGUCAUUUCUUCACUCGAAUAGCACUUCCUUUCAUACCCACUCAUGUUAAAGUCCUCGCGUCAGAGACCCUCUCCGCCAAUGAAAGGGUCGUGCUUCACCGCGCGGAAGGUUUCUCUGUGAUCUCCGACAUUGACGACACAGUAAAGCACUCUGCUGUUUCGAUGGGCGCCCGUGAAAUAUUUCGUAACACAUUUACGGCUCCAUUGCCCGAUCUUAUCAUUCAAGGGGUCGCCGGCUGGUAUUCAAAGCUUGCCGAGGAACCCUAUAAUGCUAAUUUCCACUACAUUUCCAACAGCCCUUGGCAACUGUAUCCUGUUCUGAAGGAGUUUUUCCAAGAAGCUGGUCUGCCACCAGGCAGUAUGCACCUAAAGCAAUAUUCGGGAAUGUUGCAAGGUAUUUUCGAACCCGUUGCCGAACGGAAGAAAGCCACGGUGGAGCAAGUCAUCCGGGACUUUCCAAACCGAAAAUGGGUCCUUGUUGGCGACUCGGGGGAAGCUGAUUUAGAGGUCUAUACAGAAGUUGUCCAGAAGUUCCCUGGAAAAGUCCUCGGUGUCUUUAUCCGGGAUGUUACGAGUACUGAUGCAGGAGAAGGCUUCUUCGACGCCAAUAGUUUCAUAAGUACCAAAUCAGAACCUUUAAUUGAGAGCAAAGUCCACUGGAGAAAGCCUCUCCCUUCUCCACCGCCUCCUCCAAGAAGAACAACUACCUCCCCGAUACCGCAGGAGGUCGAUCUACUUGGCUUCAAUAAUCCGCCCCCGAUUCCUCGCCCUAGGGCUCAAGCCUCGAGGAACAGCAAUAGGGCACCUCCACCCCGUCCCCCAAAGCCUCGCGAGCUCCGAGGGGUACCAAAAAGCUCCUCUUCACCUUUACCACCGCCUGCUAUACAUGUCGAGGUUCCACACACGCCAUCAACCCCACUGCCGCCGCCGCUACCUCGCCGAAUAGCAACAGGUCUUGAGCAUCAAACAACAUACCCCUCCUCCACCCAAACACAAGAGACCCUUCUUAGCAAGAAGGAAGGACUAUGGCGACGACGGUGGGAACGGGCGCAAGCGGUUUGUGAGGAACAUGGAGUGGCCUUGAGACGAUGGAAAGUUGGAAGCGAUGUUGAAGCGGAAUGCAGGGCGAUAGUGGAAGAAGGCCUUUGGGGACGAUAGCUCUAGAAAACUUUAUUACAGCCUUGUUUUUACCCCCGUUUCUCUUCCUAUUCCCCUAAGCAUUGGAUUAUCUUUUCUUUGCUUAGCCUUUUCUUUGGGUAGCUCAGGAUCCGAUUGCGGAGGGAUUAGAACGAGUUAGAAUGACCUGAGAAUGGUCCAAACUGCAGAUACUGUCUUUAUAUUUUACUGCUUAAUUGACGAUGCUACAGCCACGGU